CAGCAACAAGGCAACUGGGGGGAGCGGAACUCCGUCUGUGUCACGUGAUGGCAGCAUCCCAUGCAAGGAGGAGAAUGCAAAGUGUGCCAACUAUGCAAAGCAUGCAAAGCACAAUGCACUACAAGCAGCAGCAUCAGUCAGCCCAUCGCCUUUGAACAGUUGCCAAGUGAUAGCUUCCCACGGUGACUAGUCUCCAUUACGAUGAUCUCGAUAAGAGUUUAUGUUCUGGUCAUCUGUUCGACAUCCUCAUGUAGUAUGAUCUGGCAGGGUGGCAUGCAAGGGGCUGAUCUACAUAUGAGCAGUCGUCAGUCAUGCUGUUGUUAUCUUCUGACUUUGUGGGCAAAAGAUCAGAGUUGGUUCGGCUCCGGGGAUGGGUGCAGUAAGGCUACGGUGCAUAAGAUUGUUCUGAGAUUGGCAGAGGCACGAUUGGCAGGCAAAGAUGGAAAGACGAUCCGCUGGUGCUUGUUCCAGAAAACAGCCUGGCGACCGGCCUCGGCGAAAGAAAUGCAGAUGCCGAGAGGGGAGAGAGGGAGGAAAAUACUAAGACUCGGGCCGACUAGACUCCGCCUCAGGCUCCACGGUCGCACCACCAGAGGAAUAUCAAUUGGCAAACACUUCUGCGUAAUGCCUUCAUUGAUAAGCCGCCGCUCCAAAUUGCAGGUUGGCUUGGAUCGUCUUGUCGUCUCGUCUCUCCCGCGCCUCGUAGCAAAACAUUAAGUACGUACGUAACAGAAUUGGGAGACACGGCCCCGG